GUUGAAGCGGGGAGGCCAAGUAAAACAACCUCUUAUGCUUGCGUCUCUGUUCUCUCCUCUCCACUGUCUUUUCCUCUGCUUUCCUCUGUUUUUCUCUGUUCCAUCUUUGAGUUGAAAACGAUAUUAUCAGAUAUUUCUCUCCGUGUUACUCAGCAACACAACUUUUGUUUUACUCUUCCCCUUUGAUUGAAUUGUAUCAUCAAAGUUUCUGUGCUUAUCACUUUGAGAGUUUCAUAGACGCUGUAUCGCUAUAUGGAUGCUGAGUACUCUUUCUUCUGUUUCUGAUACGUGUGUUUUGGGUCUCUUCAAAUUUUGGUUUUCUCUGUCACUUUGGCUUAUCCCUCGGGCUUCUUGGAUUCUUACCCUUCAGGAAGCUUUUCCUUGUCUUUCCCUUUUUUCACCUAAUUGAUUUUUUUUAAGGUAGAAAUUCCGAAUUCCAAUAUUUCAUUUCUAGGAUACAAUUGUUUUGGGCAAUGUCCUUCAAUUUAAUAUUUUUCAAUCCACUCUUAUUCUCCUUGCUUUGGUUACCUGGAUAUUCCUAACUAGGCUAAUUUUAUGUUUCAUGUGUUGCUCUUAAUUUAACACCUUUUAAUUUAUAUUUACUUGGUAGAAGAAGAAAAAAAAAAGGAAAGAAAUAUUUUGUUACCAGAGAAAGAAAAAAAAAAUCCAUUUUUGUCUUCCUUAAGUUAUCCUUCACCAUGAAAUUUCUCACUUUCCCGGUGGAUUUGUGAUAUCUGUUCUUUUACUUGAGGGUUUCUGUGUUUGCGGGUCACAAGAAAAAAAAAAUGAAGGAAAAGUUGGAUUCCCCAGUUACAGUGCUUGAGGACUAUUUCAGGAGCUCAGAUUCAGAAUCAAGUUCUUCCAAAGAGCCUUCAGCGGAUUCUGAGUCUCAAGAGCUUUCAAAACCUGCUUCUAGGUGGCAUUCAUUUAUUCAAUUGUUGAGGAGCGGAUCGAAGAAACAGAUGAACAACACAUUGCAUCCUCUCAGUGUUCUCAAGCUCUCCAAAAGAAUGAGCACUAGCAUGAGGGAGUCCAUUCUCCCAAUUUGUCUCUUAGAUGCAACUGCUUCCCCUUGCAGGUCACCUUGGAAGAUCUUUACUCAUCAUGAGAUUCAGGUUGCAACCAAUUCUUUUAGCCAAGAAAAUUUGAUUGGGAAGGGUGGUUAUGCUGAAGUUUACAAAGGGUGUUUGCCAAAUCGUCAAUUAGUGGCAAUUAAACGUUUAACAAGAGGAACAGCUGAUGAAAUCAUAGGGGAUUUCUUAUCAGAACUUGGCGUAAUGGCGCAUGUAAACCAUACAAAUACUGCUAAGCUGGUUGGUUAUGGAGUGGAUGGUGGAAUGUAUCUGGUUCUUGAAUUGUCUGAAAAAGGGAGCCUUGCUUCAGUUCUUUAUGGUUCGAAGGAAAAACUACCGUGGUGUAUUAGACACAAAAUUGCAUUAGGAACAGCAAAGGGUAUAUUAUAUCUUCACGAGGGAUGUCAAAGAAGAAUUAUCCACAGGGAUAUAAAAGCUGCCAAUAUAUUGCUCACGAAGGACUUUGAACCUCAGAUUUGUGAUUUCGGGCUAGCAAAAUGGCUACCAGAAAAUUGGACUCAUCACACCGUUUCAAAAUUUGAAGGAACUUUCGGUUACCUAGCUCCUGAAUACUUGCUGCAUGGCAUAGUAGACGAGAAAACGGACGUAUUUGCAUUUGGUGUAUUGCUAUUAGAAUUAGUGAGUGGGCGAAGAGCACUUGAUUAUUCACAGCAAAGCCUUGUGUUGUGGGCAAAACCAUUGCUGAAAAAAAAUGAUAUUAUGGAGCUGGUUGAUCCUUCACUAGCAGGUGAUUUCGACUCUAGGCAAAUGAAUCUUAUGCUCUUGGCUGCUUCACUAUGCAUACAACAGUCUUCAAUUCGUCGUCCCUCUAUAAGACAGGUUGUACAGCUUCUGAAUGGGAACCUUAGCUGCUUCAAGGGCAUGAAGAAAACUCGAAUGCCAUUCUUCAGAAGAGUGUUCAGGGAAGAACUACAUGAUUCUGAUUAGUUUGAAAGGAACAGGAGGCACAUGAUCACUGAAUGGUGAAGGUGAUCCCUUCUUUCUGGGGGGAGUUUCAGCAGCUAGAAAUUGCCUCAUCAAACUGAAAAUUUUGCACUUUGUUGAGCCCAAAAUAUGAAGCAUUUUAAACUAUUCAACUUUUGUACAUAAUAGUUUUUCUUUUAUAUAUAUAUAAAAUGUUAAUUGUUAGAUUUUUGUGGGACAGAUCAAACUUAUCACUUUUCUCUCA